AUGGACCUCCCAACUGUUAAUAGCACAACAAGCAUUUCCGACAAUGUGGAUUUAAAGAACUACUAUGAGGACUUGCUUUUCAAGAAUAACAGCGGAAAAUCGCUAUCCGAUUUACCCCGUAAACUGAAUGAUAACUCCAAUAAUUCAGGAAGUGAUACGGUUGAUCCGCUUGCUGGCCUGAAUAAUUUGAGAAACUCAAUAAAAAGUGCGGGAAAUGGUAUGGAAAACAGGAGGACUUUUGACGAUAUUGAUUUUAUGGGUAGGUUUCCGUAUUUGCCACCAGUGCCAAAUCAACAACAGCAACCGUUUUCUCACCAGAACGGGUUCAUUCAAGAACACCCUUCCAGUAAUUUGACCUCUUUUCAAAUGUCUUCGUCUAAUUCAGAGCCGAUGUCCGCACCGCCCAUUUCAUCCAAUAACAAUAAUUUAAACUCUACUCAAAUGGGUAAUUAUCAAGCUCAACAACGGUCGUUCCCGCAAUUUAAUGGAAAUUCAUUUCAUUCAAAUGGAAACGACCUAAUGGGGAAUCGGAUGGAUUCAGACUACAUGCGUUUAAUGAAUAAAACAAACAUAGGUUUUACUUCCAAUAGCGGCAGCAAUUUUGCUGCCCCAUCACACAGUGCUGGCAACCCAUCUAGUAUGAACAACCAACAAGUACCAUCAUUUAAUUGGCAACAGCCAUCUCAUCCAGAGUCUACCAUUAGGAGAUCCUCCUACAUAUCAGAUACUCUAAUCAACCAUCAAAUGCCUGACGCUCGGCAAAAGCAAACAUCCCAAGUGCAGCAGCAACACGCUCAAGGUUUCAAUCUUUUCAAUAGCAGAUUCAACUAUGACAACUUGAACUCAACCCAUUUGACCGCCAAAGGUGUGCCCGAGUUUGGAAAUGGUGUACAACCUCCGUAUCCUUAUGAUAACGAGCCUAAUAAUGCCAGUAUCAGCAAUAGUAAUAACAACAACAACAGUCACAAUAUGGUUCCAAUGCAACAGUUUCGCCGGAAUACACAACCGGUAGCGAGCUUCAAUCCAUCCCUUCCUACUUUUCAACAACAACAGCAACAACCACAACAACCACAACAACCAAGAAACGUUAAUGUACCUACUUCUUUCAAUGGCGAACGUGUUGAUGAUGUUCAGCUUGUUCAACUUCAAAGAAGCAGUUCUGUCCCUUCUUCUACAAACUCACAUAACCUUCAGAACGAGAACAGCAAUGAAGGAAAUGUAUCUUUGGACAAUGGUUUAGUUUUAAUUCAGGGUAAACACUUGACUUCGUCCAAAACCUUACACGAUUUAUACAGCGACUGUGGCAGCGGCUAUUUUGCUAGCUCUGCAGUUUUUGAAUUCACAGAUAAUAUUAAGAAAAUGCUGAAGUUGCACGAUUCUAAUGAAAGUUACGACGCGAAGAACAUGGGCUUAAUCGAUGAAGAAGGUAAUACAUACCAAUCUUUAUUAAAUUUCUUGGACAUUUUAAGAAGUUGCAACAUGAAUUACGUUAAUGAUCCAGAGUCGAAUAAUGGAAUUGUUUCCAAUAAUGGAGGCAAUAAAAAUAGGAGGAAGGGCUCUUUCACAACAGAACUAUCAUGCAGGAAUGCUAAUAACUCCUUUUUACCUUAUACACCAUUGGUACUGGUUGCUUUGAAAAAUGGGAAACUUGAACUACUAUCUACUCCACAAGCUACCAAUUUGUUGUUAAAGAGAGGUGACUUGGUUAUUAUUGAUGGUGACCGUGGAAGGGAUUUAGUAUUGGUUGUUGAGCCCUCUGUCGAUUUGAAUUUAGCAUUAUUUAUAAAUUUUCUGAAAAAGAAAAUUCACUUUGACUCUUUAAUUACAAGUGAGUCACAGCACUAUCGCAAUGAUGAGUUUAUUCAAAUGUUGAUUGACUCAAAAAAUGGGCAAAAGAAAAAAUUAAAUCCCAAAUUGUAUGAUGUUGUUGAAUUAACUGAGUUAAUCAUACCAUCUAAACAAGUCUUACGUUUUGCCACCCCGUGGGAGGUAACAACGAAUUUGCACAAUAAAUUUGAAGAUGAAUUAAAAGCCUUGCAUAUUGCUCAGAGUAAAUUACAAGCGUUAAAUGAUAAUUCAAAAUCUCAAAAUACAAAUGACAGUUCUUCCAAUAAUUUUACGAAUGCUGCAACUUAUUCAAAGCCUAAAUUGAAUAUCAAGAUUUUAAACGCAGAAUUCCAAUUUGAUAGAAAGAAAUUAACGUUUUACUACGUUUGUGAGGAGAGAAAUGAUUUUAGAGACUUGAUAAAAGAGCUGUUCAAAUAUUACAAGACAAGAAUUUGGUUGUGUGCCAUCCCGAAUAAUCUGUCUAUUGAUUCUAAGUAUUAUGAUAAACAACAAAAAGAGCUGAAAUUAUAUCAAAACAUAGUAAAAAAUUACAAUGCUGAAGAUUUAAUGAAUGUCAAUGAGUUUUCGCAGAACAGGGGGAAUAACAGAGUUAAUUUUGCACCUCCGUUGAACGAAAUUGAACUCGACAACUUUCAGAUUGCUGUGUAUGAAGAAUUAGUUCACGAAUUAUUUCAUUAA